AUGGUGGCGAAACCGCAAGCCGCGCACGCGGCCGCCCAGCAGCAGAACCAAGGUGCCCUGGUCUGGAUCGACUGUGAGAUGACCGGUCUCAAUCCGGACCAAGAUGCCAUCAUCGAGAUCUACUGCCUCAUUACCGACGAGCAACUCAACCUCCUAGACCCUACAGGCUGGGGAGCCGUCAUCCACCAGACGAAGGCGCGCAUGGAUGCCAUGGAUGAGUGGUGUACCCGCGUUCACGGCGAUAGUGGUCUAACGGCCGCCGUCCUAGCCUCUACUGUUACGCCCGAACAGGCAGCAGACGAGUUGCUGGCCUAUAUUCAGAAGUAUGUUCCGAAUAAGCGCAUCGCCCUCCUGGCCGGGAACAGCGUGCAUGCGGACCGCGCCUUUCUCCGCAAGGAGCCCUAUAACAGGGUCGUCGAUCAUUUGCACUACCGCAUCUUGGACGUAAGUAGUUUGAAGGAGGCUGCUCGCUGUUGGUGCCCUCAUGUCGCCUCGGGAGCCCCAGCCAAAAAGGACUUCAUACGGCAAAGGAGGACAUUCUAG